AUGCCGCGGGCGCGGACGGAGCUGCGCGGGCGGCUCCGGUACCGGGGCUGUGCGCGGGGCCCGCGGCUCAGCCUCCUGCACGUGCGGCUCUCGGAGGCGGCGGCGCGGGCGCUGCGAGGCUGCCAGCGGCGGCAGUGCCUGACGGUGCCGGGAGGCCCCGGGACCUCUCCGCGGCUCUUCGCCUUCUUCCUCUCCCGCUGCAGCUGGGACGAGCCGCAGGCCAGCUUCGAGUGUGUGCGGCUGGCAGUGCCCCGACUAGGUCAGAGCUGGUUGGACAGAGUGGGCAGCAUCCAGGAGAAAAUCACAGUCUGUGCCUCAGAGGGCACCUACCCACCGCUGCGGGAGCGUGUGUCCCAAUCUAAGGAGCCCUGGAGCAGAGCAGUCGCUGAGCCAGAUGUGGCUGUGCCUGGCUAUGGCAAAGGUGUCACGGCUCCCAGGAAGGCAGGCACGGUCAGCGUGCUGCAGCAGAGCUCCCUCUGUCACAUCCGCGAGGGCAAGAACCACGGACCAACAGCAGCCAGCCCCAGGGCCGCUGCUCAAAGCCUGGUUCAGCUCCUGGCCCUGCGGCCCCACCGCAAGCAUGAGCUCCUGCAGCGGCUGGCGGGGACGCAGGCAGGCAGGCCCGACUGGGCAGGGCUGCUGGCUGCACUGGAGGAGGUGGCAGACCUGGAUCCCACAGAGUGCUGCUACCGCCUGAAGGAGUCGCUGGUGGGGCGGGUGCAGGAGGACUGGCCAGGGUACACGGCCCAGGAGCGUCGGCAGGUUGCCCUGCUGCAGCGCAGCAGUCAGCCCCAUGGCCCUGCAGCCCGGUCCUUCCUGGUGCCCCUGCAGCAACCACUGGAGUGCGGCUCCCCUCCAGGUGCUGGUGGAAACCGUCUGGGGGUGGCACUUGAAGCUAAGAUUUUGUAUGAAUACAGCCACUUCAAGAAGAGUUAUCCUAGUUACCAGCAGGAGAAGAACCGCUGUGAAUACCUGCACCAGAAGCUCUCCCACAUCAAAAAUCUGAUUCUACAGUUUGAAGAAAGAGGAAGCUCCUAA